CGUUUAGCAAUUGCCAGUCGAUUCUUAUUUUCAUAGAGCCAGUGUUCUUUCUCACCGCCCAGUCAGAACUUUCAUUACUCAUCACUUAUUCUUCCCGGGCUAAAUUAUCAGGAUUUGAUGGCAGAGGUUCAAGCAAAAAGAGUUAACAGAGAUAGGAUAAGUGCAUUACCAGAUGCAAUCCUUUAUCACAUCCUUUCGUUCCUUAAAACCGAAGAUAUUGUGAUGACCAUUUUUCUGUCUAGAAGAUGGAAGAACAUUUGGGCCUCUGUUCCGAGUCUAGACUUUUGCGAUGAAGAGAAUCCUGAUACUAUUUCUUUUUCGAGGUUUAUUGAUAAUGUACUCUUCUUCCGUGACUCAACAGACAUUCAGAAGUUUCGUCUCCACUCCACUAGUGUUGAGGAUUUUGAUCGUGUUUGUGGUUGGAUUGGUGCUGCCAUUAGGCGCAAUGUUGCUGAACUUAAUCCUUCUGUUGAGUAUUAUGGAGAUGAUAACGAACCUCAGAUCUUUGAGUUGCCUCAGAGUGUUUUCACAUCUAAAACUUUGAGGGUCCUGCACUUGUGGUCAAGUUUUACUAUUGAUGCUCCUGCAUCAGGGUGUUUUUCGAAUCUCAAGUCUCUCUUUGUUUUUAUUGAUCGUCCUGUCACUAACUCAAUGGAGAAGCUUUUUUCUAGCUGCCCUGUGCUGGAAGAUUUGUGCAUACAUGGAAAUGAUGGGAUGUAUGGAGAUGAGGCCGUUUUGAAUUUCACUGUAUCUGCACCUGAACUGAAGACACUGAAAGUAGAUUUGUAUACACAUAAACAUUAUGAGAAGUGCAACUUUCGUAUUGCUGCCCCAAAGCUUGAAAAUUUUCAUCUCUCUCAGGAUCCUUCAACUGAUUGUUAUUUAGAGAAUGUGAAAUCUCUAGUCAGAGUUACUAUUGAUCUACAAGACCAUUUUGCAGGUGAAGAUUGUCUAUUUUUUAUCCAUGGAACUGCGCUUUUGGCAGUAAUUUCCAAUGUUAUAUACUUGUCUCUUUCAGCACAUUGUUUGAAAGGUUGUUGUGUUCCCUUCUUUGAUAAAUUGAGCCGGUUGGAGCUUGUUCUUUACAAUUGCUAUUACUGGGAACUGCUAAAAGAGCUCCUCAGGAGAUCACCUAAACUGGAAUUUCUUGUCAUAGAGCUGAAAGAUUUCAUGUGCCCUGGAGCAUCUUCAGAUCAUGAGUGGAGUCCACCAGAGUCGGUACCUAAAUGUUUAUUGACAAAGAUCAAGACAGUCUCUAUAAGGGGAUUCAAGGGAAAACUAGAUGAGAUGGAUAUGGCUAAGUAUUUGUUAAAGAACGGUGACAUUUUGAAGAUGAUGACUUUUCAUACUAAGGAUCUUUUGCGUACCAAAGAGGAAUUAUACAAGGAAUUGUCAAUGUGCCAAUGGGAUUUGAUGUCAGAGGUUGAAGCAAAAAGAGUUAACAAAGACAGGAUAAGUGCAUUACCAGAUGCAAUCCUUUAUCACAUUCUUUCGUUCCUUACAACUGAAGAUGUUGUGACGACUAUCUUUUUGUCUAGAAGAUGGAAGAAGAUUUGGGCCUCUGUUCCGAGUCUAGACUUCUGCGACCAUGAGAACCCUGAAACUAUUCCUUUUUCAAGGUUUAUUGACAAUGUACUCUUCUUCCGUGACUCAACAGACAUUCAUAAGUUUCGUCUCCACUCCAUUAGUGUUGGGGAUUUUGAUCGUGUUUGUGGUUGGAUUGGAGCUGCCAUUAGGCGCAAUGUUGCUGAACUUGAUCUUUCUGUUGAGUAUUCUGGACUUGAUGACCAACCUCAGAUCUUUGAGUUGCCUCAGAGUGUUUUCACAUCUAAAACUUUGAGGGUUUUGCACUUGUGGUCAAAUUUUAUUAUUAAUGCUCCCGCAUCAGGGUGUUUUCCGAAUCUCAAGUCUCUCUAUGUUCAUAUUGAUCGUCCUAUCAAUAAGUCAAUGGAGAAGUUUUUAUCUUGCUGCCCUGUGCUGGAAGAUUUGACCAUAUACGGAAGUCAUGGGCAUUAUGGAGAUGAGGUCGUUUUGAAUAUCACUGUAUCUGCACCUGAACUGAAGACACUGGAAAUACAUUGGACGACUUAUAAUGAUUAUGAGAGGUGCAACUUUCAUGUUGUUGCCCCAAAGCUUGAAACUUUUCAUCUCAGACAGUACCCUUCAACUGAUUGUUAUUUGGAGAAUGCAAAAUCUCUAGUCAGAGUUACUAUUUCUCUACAAGACCAUUUUGAACGUGAAGAUCGUCUUUUUGUUAUCCGUGGAACUGCGCUUUUGGCAGUCAUUUCAAAUGUUAGAUACUUGUCUCUUUCAGCACAUUGUUUGAAAGGUUGUUGUCUUCCUGUCUUUGAUAAGUUGAGCCGAUUGGAGCUUGCUCUUUACAGUUGCUAUUACUGGGAACUGCUAAAAGAGCUUUUCAGGAGAUCACCUAAACUGGAAUAUCUUGUUUUAGAGCUGAAAGACUUCAAGUGCCCUGGAGCAUCUUCAAAUCAUCAAUGGAGUCCACCAGAUACGGUACCUAUCUGUUUGUUGACACACCUCAAGACUGUCUCUAUAAGGGGAAUCAAAGGAAAACUGGAUGAGAUGGAUGCAGCAAAGUAUCUAUUAACGAAUGGUGAAGUUUUGAAGAAUCUGACUUUAUAUAGCAAGGAUCUUUCACAUACAAAGGAGGAGAUCUACAAGGAAUUGUCAAUGUGCAGAUGGGGUUCAAAGACCUGUCAAGUUGAAUUUUACGGAGACCAAAAAGAUGAACGCUUUUCAUUAGGAAUGCAAGUGUGGAGAAUCCUCAGGUCAAUGAUGGACUCCACCACAGUUCGUGCCUGUAUGCUUGAUGUCACAACUCAUCAAGACUAUCUCUAUAGGGAGAUUCGAGGGGAAAGUUGA